UCAGACCUUUGCUUCCUUCGCUCUCACUUACCAGAGUUCCUUAUUCUCGAGCUUCUUAGAUAAAAGGGAAGAGCCCAGCUCUGGUUCUUUACAGUCUAGACGAACCUCAGACUCAUUAUGUAUUGCGACUGGCCCCGAACUCCAGAUCUUUCAGCCUCCACACCUGUAACGCUGAGUUUGAAUGACCAUGCCUAGCCCUAAACUUCGCAGACUUCCACCUGCACAGAGACGGAACCCAGGGUCCUAUGCUUGCUAGGCACCCUCUGCCUUUUCUGCUCCUCCGUGUCAACAGCUGCUGAAGUCACAACCUCCGAUUCUCUUAACUACCACCCCUCACCCCAGUGUGCUGCUAGCCCCUCCUCCCUGCACUUGCCCAGAGGUCUCCGGACAGAGGGCAAUGCAAGCAAGCUGGUGAAGGACUUCCUUCUCUCCCACCAUGGUCAACAGCACCAAGUAUGAAGUGGCUGCUCAGCACGAGGCCGACGAAGGCUCUGCUCUGGGGGAUGGGGCCAGCCCAGUGGCGGAGCAGGUAAAACUGAAGAAGGAGAUCUCGCUGCUUAAUGGCGUGUGCCUGAUAGUGGGGAAUAUGAUCGGCUCCGGCAUCUUUGUCUCCCCCAAGGGUGUGCUCAUGUACAGUGCUUCUUUUGGCCUCUCACUGGUCAUCUGGGCUGUUGGGGGCAUUUUCUCCGUCUUUGGGGCCCUUUGUUACGCUGAACUGGGUACCACCAUUAAGAAAUCUGGGGCCAGCUAUGCUUAUAUCCUGGAGGCCUUCGGGGGAUUUCUUGCGUUCAUCCGCCUCUGGACUUCUCUGCUCAUCAUUGAACCCACCAGCCAGGCCGUCAUUGCCAUCACCUUUGCCAACUACAUGGUGCAGCCCCUCUUCCCGAGCUGUGGCGCUCCCUAUGCUGCCGGCCGCCUGCUGGCCGCUGCCUGCAUCUGUCUCUUAACCUUCAUUAACUGUGCCUAUGUCAAGUGGGGAACCCUGGUCCAAGAUAUUUUCACCUACGCUAAGGUGUUGGCGCUGAUUGCAGUCAUCAUUGCAGGCAUUGUUAGACUUGGCCAGGGAGCCACAGCUAACUUUGAGAACUCCUUUGAGGGCUCAUCCUUUGCAAUGGGUGACAUUGCUUUGGCCCUAUAUUCAGCUCUGUUCUCCUACUCGGGCUGGGACACCCUUAACUAUGUCACCGAAGAGAUCAGAAAUCCCGAGAGGAACUUGCCCCUCUCCAUUGGCAUUUCCAUGCCCAUCGUCACCAUCAUCUACCUCUUGACCAAUGUGGCCUAUUACAGUGUGCUAGACAUAAAGGAAAUCCUGGCCAGUGACGCUGUUGCCGUGACCUUUGCAGAUCAAAUUUUUGGAGUAUUCAACUGGAUCAUUCCAGUGGCGGUUGCAUUCUCUUGCUUCGGUGGGCUCAACGCCUCCAUCGUGGCCGCUUCCAGGCUUUUAUUUGUGGGCUCGAGAGAAGGCCACCUCCCUGACGCCAUCUGUAUGGUUCACGUUGAACGGUUCACACCAGUGCCUUCUCUUCUCUUCAAUGGUGUCUUGGCCCUGGUCUACCUGUGCGUGGAGGACAUCUUCCAGCUCAUUAACUACUAUAGCUUCAGCUACUGGUUCUUUGUGGGCCUCUCUAUUGUGGGUCAGCUUUACCUACGAUGGAAGGACCCGGACCGGCCACGCCCUCUCAAGCUCAGCCUUUUCUUCCCCAUCAUCUUCUGCCUCUGCACCAUUUUCCUGGUGGCUGUCCCACUUUACAGUGACACUAUCAACUCCCUCAUCGGCAUUGGCAUCGCGCUCUCAGGCCUGCCCUUCUACUUCCUCAUCAUCAGAGUGCCGGAGCACAAACGACCUCUGUUCCUCCGCAGGAUCGUGGCCUCUCUCACACGGUACCUCCAGAUCCUCUGUAUGUCAGUUGCUGCAGAAAUGGACUUGGAAGAUGGAGAGUUGCCCCAACAAGAUCCCAAGUCUAAAUAGAGCGUGGGAUUCUGAGGUGUGGACAGAACGGGUGUUUCAUAUCUCCCACUGGCCAGAACCCUGGAGGCACCAUCCAGGAGCCCAAGCUUGGCAGCUUCCACUCUGAACUUGCUUUUGAAGGAUGAAGAGUAAUUUAUUUGUUUUGCUACAUGUUGUUUCAGACUUCAUAAAUGGAUGAUGCAGACUGUGGCAGGAAGUAGGCCAUUUGGGGGCAGUUCUGGCAGCACCUGGGUGUGCCUACCCACUCCUCUUUUCCUUUACAAGGGCC